CAGAUGUUGUUAUUUUGUGCAUUUUUCGUUUUUUGGAUUCUAUUUACUUUUCAACACGGCAUUAUCUCGUUGCAAUCCGAGGAAACUGACAAGUUUCAGAGAAUGUACGUACUUGUCUUUAUUAAACUUCUAGCACUGGCAUUGAUAUAUAUGCUUCUACUUCUAUGGCUGACUUCUGGAUCCGAGGCUUUUAUGCGUGAAGUUCGCAAAACAAAACAUCUCUCCAUAUUGAUAAUGUGUCGCUACGCCGACGGCCCCUUAAGGACGACAGCUAAGAAUAUGUUGAAGCUAAUAGAAGAGACGCCUCCGGACUUCUCCGUGUACGGCAUGUGGAGCAUGGACGCACAACUCAUCAUUGAUGUUUUCAAACUGAUCACUAGUUUCAUUUUGAUUAUUUUACAAUUCACGUUUUUGUAA